CCCUCCUUCCUUGCACCUUAUCCUUCUCGUAUUCUUCUUCAAAGCUAGUAGCAAUGCAACGACGCCGUUUAGUGAUUCUGUUUGCUUUGAUUUGUGUGGUGAGUGGCUUUGAGUUUGAGGAUCAGAAGAACUUCUUCUACUCUGAUCCAAACCCAGUUUCAUACACCCCUCCAGCUACUUCAACACCUUCUCCGGCUAACUGCGGUGUUCCCCCAGCUAACGGGGGCCACCACGCAUCCAAUCCGACAUCACCCGGAAGCGGACACUACCACUCUCCCCCAAGAUCCACCUCGGGCCCGCCAUCUACACCUGGCGUUGCAGUACCGCCACCACCUUCUGAUCCGACCUCGCCUCCCUAUACCUGCACGUACUGGAAGACGCACCCGAGUGCGAUAUGGGGGUUGUUGGGGUGGUGGGGAUCGGUGGGGAACUCGUUUGGCGUGAGCAACAUUCCCGGGAUGGGAGCGAAGAUGAACCUGCUGCAGGCGCUCUCCAACACGCGAACAGACGGUUACGGUGAAAUCUGCAGACAAGGCACGGCUGCGCUGCUGAAUUCAAUGAUCGAUGCCAAAUUCCCUUACACGUCUGCGCAGGUCAGGGAUGCAUUUACGGCGGCGCUCACCUCCAGCAACGCCGCAGCAGCUCAGGCGCGCCUCUUCAAGCUCGCUAAUGAGGCCAAAACCUAUCCCACACUCUGAUUAUUUUGGUUGAGAUUUUAUUCUAUUUCUGUUGUAUUGUUCAGUAUUAAACUGCUAUGUUUUGUAGCAGACUUUUUGCAAUUAUUUCUUAAUUUUCAUAUCAAAGAGACAUGUCUUGUUGUUUGGAAUCAAUGAAAUAUAUUUUCUGGAA